GACGUCUGCUAGUGUUAUCAGUGAUACAUGGAGAAAAAUCACAAAAACAUGAGGCAACGAUGCGCACUCAAACAUGGAAUACUUAAGGAAUUUCUGGCAGAAUUCCUGGGGACAUUUGUUUUGGUUUUGUUUGGCUGUGGCUCCGUCGCUCAGACCGUCCUAAGUCGAAAUGCUCUGGGCGAACCUCUCACCAUCCACAUUGGAUUCUCUGUUGGACUCAUGAUGGCAGCGUAUGUGGCCGGUGGAGUGUCAGGGGGCCACGUGAACCCUGCUGUGUCUCUGGCCAUGGUGAUUCUUGGAAAACUGAAGAUCUGGAAGUUUCCCUUCUACGUCAUUGCUCAGUUUCUUGGUGCUUUUGCUGGAGCUGCUGCAGUCUUUGGAUUGUACUAUGAUGCUUUCAUGGACUUCACCAGUGGGAUUUUGUCCGUGACAGGAAUCAAUGCAACAGGUCAUAUUUUUGCCUCUUACCCUGCGAGACACCUGUCAGUCCUUGGCGGUUUUAUUGAUCAGGUGGUGGGGACAGGCAUGCUGGUGCUGUGCAUCCUUGCUAUCAUUGACGGAGGGAACAUUGGAGCUCCUAAAGGCGUGGAGCCGCUGGCUAUCGGUUUGAUCAUCAUGGCCAUUGGUGUGUCCAUGGGGCUGAACUGUGGGUACCCCCUGAACCCCGCCAGAGACCUGGGACCCCGACUGUUCACAGCUGUAGCAGGAUGGGGGAUGGAGGUGUUCAGCACCGGAGAGUACUGGUGGUGGAUCCCUGUGGCCGGGCCUAUGGUGGGGGGCGUUCUGGCAGCCGUCAUCUACUACCUCCUCAUUGAGUUGCACCACCACCGCCCCCACCAGGAUGAGCCGGAAAAGCCCAAGGCGGAGGAAGAGGAGGAGGAUGAAGAGGAUGAAGAGGAGGAUGAUGACAGCAGUCUGAAGGAUAAAUAUGAGAUGAUCACCAUGAAUUAAAAAAAUGACUUUCAACGCCGAUGCAGUUGAAAUAUUUAAAGGUCAAUCAGGUCAAUAACAUAAGCACAGCAUCUGUCUGUGAGGACAGUUUAACAUAAGGGAUCAUGUAGAAUGAGCUGUUGUUAUCACAGAUGGAAUGGUGCAAAACUGGCCAAUCAGAAUCAAGUAUUUAACACAGCUGUGUCAUAGUAAUUUGUCACAGACUGUAUUAAACACUAAAGUCUGAUUAGCCAGUUACACAGAGCAGUUGUCUGCUUUUCCUUAAGAGAUCCCUGUUGUUUAAGAGGAACACACUGUUGAAACACUGAUGACUGAUAACUGGCCAAUCAGAAUCAAGUAUUUAAUACAGCUGUGUGAUAACUUAUAAUUCUUCUUUAACUGACUUAAUUCUUCUCUGUCAUGGUGGCAAUAAAAAAUUCAAAGUUGAAAACAAAAAAAUACGUUAAAAAUAGCAUGUUAGAUGGAGAAACUGCGGCUAAGUUAGCACUCUAGCUGAUGUCUGUGCUGUCAAUGUAUUUGUUAAAUGAUGACCCAAUGAUUCAAAAAGUAUGUUUGGUUCUGUUUCAUAAGUACAGAUGCCCUCAGAUGACACUCAUCCAUGCAUGUUUUUUAACUUCUGUGAUAACAAGUACAUUGUAGUUUUAGAUUUCUACUUGUUUUCUCAAAUCAUGAGAUAACAAAGCUGGUUUUCCACGAUAAUAAAUUAACCUGAGUAAUUUUCCAGAAGAUCUCAACAGAUUACCUCAUUAUCACAGAGAACCAGCAUUGCUAUCUAGAGUCUAGAGAUAAUUGAUUCCAGAUCUUGAGAAAACAACUAAAAUGUAAUCGUUCUCAUGGAAAACAAAGCAAAUACAAUGAAUGCAUGUCCAUUUAGGGCUUCCAUACAUGAACACAUGGAUAUCUCAGACCUGUGUGCUUCACAUUGUUAAGACUUUCUACAUUAACAGUGUAAAUACUGUAUUAUAAAUAUAACAUAACAUCCCUGUCUCUCUAGAUGUAUUUUUAUGAGAACACUUUGGACUGAAAUAAUAGUUAA